GUGACGCUAACCCGGAGUUUUGAGCUCUGAUGGUGCCUUUGCCUACUGUGAUACAGGCUUGCAAACUACAGGCUCGUAACAUAACAUAAAUGUAAAGUAUAAUCAGAGCUAUAGCUGAAUGCAACCAGUAUGUCUCAGAAGGCCAUGAAAGUAGUAGUGGAACUUAAUCUCAGAGCGGUGACUUGUCCGGGGGUGCACCUGCAGGCUAAAGAUGACGUCUACCUGAGCGUGUGUCUGAUGAAUCAGUACAGGCAGUCCGAGUGCCUACCCGCCGUCUUCCCGUUAUUGUUACGGGAGAAGAUGAGGUUUGAAAAAGUCUUCUGGCAUGCCUCAGACCCUGGAGCAUUGGCUGAAGUUCUCGAGAGUGAGAUAGCCAAAGUGGAGCUGAUUCAGCUGACACCCCCAGUCGGUGAGUCGCUGGCCAGUUUUGUGGAGGAUGCCCGCAGCUUCCUGUACCCAGAGCCCAAACUGGUUCCGCCCGUGGGAGGAGUGGACCGAGCCGUGCUCAUGAGCAGAGGACCCGCCUUCCUGGGCAUCUGCCCACAGCUGGAGUUCAGCACCAGGACGGUCAUCAGUGAGUGGAGCGCCAGCGAAGAGACGGCCUACAACCCUGUCCCUCUGCGGGUACUGACACAGAAGCGUGGGAGGAAGCGUGCGCGGCCAGGCCGCUUCUCCCCUGAGAGGCUGAGCUCUAGCGCCCCCUGGCGGAGUGGCAGGCGGCGCAGCAUGGACGGGGCUCCAGCGGGCACCACACGGGCUCGCUCUUUGUCCCCUUACAACGCCGCCGCCCUGCUGGACACACCCAGCCACAGCAUGCACAGGCUGCCACUGCUCCGACUGGACACUCAGAGCCCUGCUGGCAGCCUCACAGAGUCUCUGCCCGAGAGUGUGUGGCAGCGAAGAGUGAAGUCCUGGCGAGGUGAUGGCCAGUCCUCAGCAUCUCUGUCCUCACCCCACACUAGCAGCACCAGCCGGACCGGCCGCACCAGAAGCCCCUCUCCAUCUCCGGGGUCGUCACGGAAACCUGGAGUGUGUGUCUCUGUUUGUCAGGGCGACAGACCUCAGGAGGUAAAAGAAGAAGCAGAUCCAGUGGCUGGGUUCUUGAUGAAGACCUCAGCCAAUCGGAUGCGGAGGAUCUGCUUGAUGAUGGCACUGAAGAGGACCUCGGCCAAUCAGGGACGGGGAAGGACGGGUCACCCACACCAGCAGUCUUGUGGCGUGCAUACAGGGAGAGGCCGCACCUCAACGGGUGUGUGUGUUUGGAAAUGUGUGAGAGUCGGCCUCAUUAGGUCUCUGCUCUGCUCGGAGAAUGUGUGGGAGGACGUCCAGACACGGCUGCGCUCUCUCCUCACCUCUCCACAAGCCAUGCACAGACUGGCCAACGGUGCUACGGACUCAGAGGUGGAUGAGGUGUUGUGCAGGAGGUCCAUCUCUCCCCACAGUGGGGGUAGAGCAGAUCAACACAGGCCCAACACAGAGGUGUGAAGAUGUGUCUAAGCAUACUCAACGCCAUUGUAUUCCUCCGUCUGGGCAAGACAGCCAGUCAGUGCUGCUGCUCUUCACAUGAAACUCUCCUGGUGCUGAGUGUGUGUGUGUGUGUGUGUGUGUGUGCGUGUGUGUGUGUAUCUGACUGGGCGAGCCAGCCGGUCAGCGUAGAAAACUCUCCUGGGGAAUGGGGGCAUGUAUGACACCAAGGGAGCUCUGUAUGUGUGUGUGUGUUGGUGGAGUUCAUUCUCUUCAUCAGAAACCUCCAGGGAAUCAUUGGUCACAGAGGCACUGCUUGAAGCACCGUACAUUGUAUCUGUUUGUGUGUGUGAUACAUUGUAUUCAUGACAAUAAUUAUUGUGUGAGAAUUAAAUGGAAAUAAACUCUCAGA